UCUCUCUCCCCUCUCAUGCACUUUCUAGGUACCACAUGCCCAACCCCCAUAUCUGUUGAACAUGCAGACAUACGGGUCAAGAAUUACAGUGUGAACUCCAGGGAGAGGUAUGUCUGUAAUUCUGGUUUCAAACGGAAAGCUGGCACGUCCACACUGACCGAGUGUGUGAUUAACAAGAACACAAAUAUUGCCCAUUGGACAACUCCUAACCUCAAGUGCAUCAGAGACCCCUCCCUGGCUCACCAGAGUCCAGUGCUGCCUUCCACAGCAGUGACGCCAAAGGUGACCCCACAGCCAGAGAGCUCCUCCCCUCCUGAAAAAGAGCCAGAAACUGUAUCUCCCAAAUCAGAUACCACAUUGGCCACAGAGAUAGUUACUGUGCCAGGCUCCCGGCUGACUCCAUCCCAACCAGCUUCUGCAGGAACCGCGGGGACAAGCAGUCAUGAAUCCUCCCGAGCCCCAUCUCUUGCAGCAACAAUGGCCUUGGAGCCUACAGCCUCCACUUCCCUCAGGACACCAGAGAUUUCUCCAAACAGCUCCAAAAUGACCAGAGUGGCCAUCUCCACAUCGGUCCUGGCCCCCCUGAUUGGUGUAGGAGCUGUGGUUUUCCUUGCCUGGUACAUCAGAUCAAGGCAGACUUCUCAGCCACGUGGUGUUGAGAUGGAAACCAUGGAAGCAGUGCCAAUGACCAUGAAGACCAGUAGCAAUGAGGGCGACACAGGAACCUAACCACACAACCUCAAAACCUCAGGCAAACCUGCCCAGCUGAGUCUAAGAAGAAGAUGUGAAGGCAGCUAUGUUAGCUAAGGAGCACCAGGACACCAGGAGUUGGGCACCGGGAGAAAGCGCACCGUGAUGAUGUAAGGUCUCCAGAAUGAUCUGUUGCACUGCGUCUGGGUGCCUCCUACAUGAACACCUGUGCUCUCUGGCAUCUGGAAGUAUGAUACCACCCUUCUACCUGCUCAGUGCAGAGGCCAAUUUCCCAAAGUGCAAGCAGCUUUAGGUCUCCUGGCAGACUCUCGUGAUUCCCCAAAUAAGCCUCUAACUUCACUCCAACAUCCACUCAAAAUAGCUUAGCAGUUAGGCCAGUGAUUCUCAAUCUGUGACUCAUAACCCCUUUGGGGGAUGUCAAACAACCCUUUCACAGGGGUCAAAUAUCACACAUCCUACAUAUCAGAUUUUUGCAUUAUGAUUCAUAAUUACAGUAGCAAAAUUACAAUUAUAAAGUAGUAACAAAAAUAAUUUUGUGCUUGUGGGUCACCACAGCAUGAGGAAUUACAUUAAAGGGACACAGCAUUCAGAAGCCUAAGAACCACUGUGCUAGACUCUCCUUUGUCCCCUACCCUGAUUUACAGUUUACAGAGCUUAGCAAUACACCAGAGGCUCCCAUUUCACAUCAAGGCUCCUCUGGCUCAGGAGACAUCUACGAAGAAGAUAGCAGCACUUGAGCUCCUGAAGACUUGGCUGUCACUAUUUUGCACCUAUUGCAAAAUAGCAGAGGAAGGCAGAAGAGAUAUUGAGCCAAUGAAUCCUUUUUUUUAGGAUUUAUGACAAAAACUGAAGUCAGUGAUCUUUUACAUAUCUACACAUUUAUAUUUAUACUUUCUUUUGUAGUAUAUCUACAUACAGAUAUAUGACUGAUAUUUGAAAGUGCUUGUAUAUACAAAAUAAAAUAUUUAUUUUCAUUACAAAAUCACAUUAAAAUUAUCAAUGAAGAGGAAUGU